CCACAUACCCAAUUAUAAAAGGGUGUGCACACUUAUGCAGUAAAGUUAAUCUAAGUUUUUCAUUUUCUUUUUUCUCUGAAAUGUGUCACUUUGGUUUUCAGUGGCAUUGCAUAGGUUGUAAUUUUUACAUUAAAGGUGCAAAAAGUCUGAUAUGAUUUAUCUUUGUUUCAUUUUUUACAUCACAAAAACCUGCUGUUUUAACAGGGGUGUGUUGACUUUUUAUAUCCACUGUAGCCUAUAUUGUACAUGGUAGAUCUGGCUGCAAUAACAUGAUGAAAAAGUAGAUCUCAUUUCAUAGAAGUGUGAGCACCCCUGCUGGAAAUGUCACCAUACGUGACAUAAUUACUAAUAUAACAUAGCCUCCUCCCCUACCCAGUGCAGUUUACAUUUCAAGUUCAAGGAAAUCCACUGUUAAAAAAAGACAAGUUUUUUUUUAAAGUACAAUAAAUGUAUGAUGUUUCCAAAGUAAAUGAGUAAUGGUGUUAAAUAAUCGUGAUCUUAAUAUUGACCAAAAUAUUAGUGAUUAUGAUUUUUGCCAUAAUCGAGCAGCCCUAGCGUGUUCCGGAUCGCCUCGCGCCUGGUCGACUGUUGCAUUUUAGAGUCAAUGACCAGUGCAUGCGGAGACGAUGUGCACGGACGAUGACCGUGUCCGCGAGUCGAGAAAAUCUGGCCGGCGCACAGUCAGGCCAUGCGGACUGGAGUAUGACAAAAUUUACAUCAAGCAUACUGUGCGUGGAGCGAUCAGCAACGUGGACGCGGCAAGUAUGCUUUGGCCUUAACCAGUCCGUGUCGUGCAUGGUCCAUAACAACGUUCCGCCCUCCCCUGCUCUGACGUCUGGCAGGACACAUUGUUCCUCCUCAGCCGACAACACCCCAUCCCCCGGUCAGAUGAAAUUACUGGAUGCCACCCCUUAGCCACCCCUGGCAAAUAAUCCUGGACACAUCCCUGCUCUUGGAGACAAUGAAUCACACUGAAGAGAAAUUCAAGAAAAUUCUUCGUAAGAAAGGCCUGAAGCAGACUGCCUCCAUUGAGAAAUGUGAUGCCAUACUGGUUUUCUGCCCUGUUGUUUCUCGUGCAGGCACUGACAUUGAUGCUGCACUGGAACAACUUAAUAACAUCAAAGUUCCCAAGCCAGCCACUGUGGUGGUGCUCCAUCACACAUUUGAUCCUGAGAAAAUUGUACCAGACUGCAGCAGAAUUGUAAACAGGGACAGUACACUUUUAGUGGAUUGUCUGUUCCAUGAGGAUAAAGGAUUACUGAAAUGUCCAAAGAAUACAGAUUCAAUUGAUAGAAUUGUAAAAUACUUAAAAUCACAGAAAGCAACUUCAUAUGCAUGUUUGAAAAUUUCAAGUUCACUUGCAUCCUCAGAUUGGGAUGCAGAAGAUACAGAAGAUGCAGUAGAUAGGCCUUUAAUCUCUUCUGAAGGUUCAGACCCUGAGCAGAACACUCUCUCUCAGAAAUGGCGUUUGUUGUGUUGUCGUUGUUGUUGUUGUUGUUAAAUUUUGUGUAAAUGAUCAAGUACUAAGAAUGACUUCUGUUAUUUGUAAUAAUGAAGAAUGAUAUGCAAACAAACAGAAUUACAAAUUGAUAGCAAAUGUGUAUGUAAUACUGUAAUGAUGUUUACAUAUGUUAUGGAUUUAAAAAUUCUUUAGGCAAAAGGUAUAUAUGAACAUUACCUUGUAAAUAAGUAUUUCGUGAUUAGUUUUACUGGGGCCGUGAUUGAUAAUUUUGGGUUGAAUACAAUGGAUAACUAAGGAAGGAGCAAAGUAUGGUCAGUGAAAGUAAGUAAAAGUCGGUACAAGUCAAGACAAGUGGGAGUUUAGGGGGAUCUAGAAAGCAGAACCUAGACAUUGUUUUAAACCAUGUACUGGAACAUGCAGCUAAGAUAACUGGAAUAUUUUUCUUCAUAUUAUUUUCUGUAAUUACAUUUCGUCAUGUUGAUUUCUUACCAGAUUGAUUAGUUGAUUCCAACUAACUAUAUCCAAUCAGAAUGAAGUAAACAAAUAUCAGGAGAAAUCACAUAAAUCAGUCUAUAUAAACUGUGUUCUAACUUUUCACCGGUGUUCCACAGCAGCGACUGAUGGGACCCGGCCGCAUACUAAUAAACGAGCAAAGCAGAAA